CAGUUUUUCCAGCGAAGAUUCUGUUGGUCAUAGGUUUGUGCAUAAUUACAAAUCAACUUGGUCUCGGUAAUUUGACUCUGUUCGUCGAACUCAUGCAAAUGAAUUGAUGGGCGCUGAAACGUGCCUUCUAUAACUGGCGCUGAACCGUGUGCGCUGAAUCGUGUGCGCUGAAUCGUGGUGGUGCUGAAUCGUGUGCGCUGAAUCGUGUGCGCUGAAUCGUGUGCGCUGAAUCGUGGGCGCUGAAUCAUACCCCACCGUUGACAGACAGUUAGACUUUAUUGCGCGCCAAAUUUUGAUUUUUAAAUUUUUUUGUUUAGUUUCGCUUUUUCAGCUUCAAUCAAUGUAACUAAUUUUUAAGCAAUGAAUUUUAACAAAAGCACGUUAAUCGAUUGACCUUUUUUACUCCUUUAUCGAUUGACCUUAUUAUCGAUUGAUCUCUUUUUAAUUUUAAAUAAUUUUUGGGAAUACCAAUUUUUGUUUUAUUUCCUAUUUUUGUUGCUUCUUUCAAUUAUUCAUUGAACUAAUUUUUUACUUUAAAGAUAGUUAUUUCAAGUAAUUAUUAAAAGAUGCCAGCAACAAUAAAAGCUAAGAAAGUUAAACCAACAAGCAGCAGACAAUAUAGAACUAGAUCUGCAUGCAAAAAGCCGUCAAAAACAAAUGAAAAAGUUGAGGAUGAUGAGGACGCAAAGAAGAUUGAGGACCUGAAACUUGCUGCCAGCCUUGUCAACUGGUCGAGUUAUGACAAAUUGAUGGGAAAGAUCUUUUAUGAUAAAGUUGGCAAGAUUCUUGAGAAAAAAGUGGAUGAUUUUCAGAAGGUUAAGACUGAGCUGAAAACUUUUGUGCGGGAAAACUAUGACAAUCAAAAGGCUUUGCAAACGCCACGAAGGGCCAAGCCCGCGACUGCUCUCCUUGAACAAAUCAGUAAAUUCAAGCAAUUGAAUUUUGAUUCGGAUGAUGAAGAUAUGGACGAAACGACACUUUUGGAUCAGCCUGAGAAUUUAAAAGAGAAUGAAGAAGAACAGGCGGAGAAAGAGCCUCCAACUGAUUUAACUGUCGAAGGACAUAUUCUUGAAGAACAACAUUCUGUUAAUGAAGAAGAAAUGGAAGAAGAGCCUUCACAAGAACAGAUGGAGGAAGCGCCUCCUGUCAAUACUUCUGCUGGAGUUUUGGAGGAAGCGCCUCCUAUCAAUACUUCAUCUGCUGGAGUUUUGGAGGAAGCGCCUCCAAAUGAUCCGGAAUCUUUUGUGAAGCAAGAAAAGGAAAUUUUAUAUGUGCCAGAAACUCCUUUUGUGUCUCGCGUUCCUAUCAAUACGUCAUCUUUCGGAGUUUUGUCAACUCCAAUUACUCCAUACAGUCCAAAGUUGAAGAUGCUGGGUACUCCACAUGGAAUCGUUAGCAACUCUAAACCUGCUGUUGGUUCAAUAAGUAAGUUGGCCAUUACGAAGGAAAUAGUCAAGCCUACACAACCAAUUCAAAUGCCACCAAUAAUUCGUCUCACUCAAAAUACUUUUGCUACUCCUAAGAAGACUCAACCAUUGAUUCCAACAAAGACUCCAGCGAAAACGCCGGCGGCUCUCAACACAACAUUUCAGAAGGUUCAGAAAUUGAAGCAAAUCGACGAAAAGGCGGAUCAGGCAAAGAGAGCGCGUGAGGACUUGUUGAGGGAAAAGGCUGAUCGAGCAAAAAGAGAGCGGGAGGAGCGUGAGAGACGAGUUGAACAAAAUAACAGAAAGAAGGAAGAGGCUAGGCUUGAACGCGAGAACGCUUUGCGAAAACAUUUGGAGGCGGUUAAAGAAUUUCAAAACAAGGAAAAACAGGCUGGAUUUCAAAAUUAUGCCAGUCCGGUCGUUCAAAGUCGAAUGUUUCAACCUUUGAGUGCGCAAAGUAAGAAGAUAUAUAAAACGCCUAAUGUGAAGAGUAUUCCUGCAACUGAGGUUAAAUCAAAAGAAGCUCAUCAACCACAUAGUUCUGCUAUUAAGAAGUUCACUAAAACACCAAUUCCUCAAUUUACAUUGGAAGAAGAAUGUUCAGUCCAAACUAAAAAUACUCCAACCUCAUCUACUGUUGUUGCCACAAAGACUGUUGCUGUUAAGGAAUUUUAUCUGGAUGAAAAAGAAAAUACAAAAAUUAUGGAGAACGAGUUUUUGUCAGAAGAACAUUUGGAGGAUGAACGUGAUGAUAUGACUGGCAUUGAUUUGGAGCAAAUUAGUAUGUAUGAUAUGACAAAAGAGAAAGUAUUCUUGCCAAGUACUGAAAACGACUACAAUGUGGAUGAUUUGUCAUCUGGUGAUGAAACUGACAAUGAUGAGCAGCCGCGAAAGAUUGUUCCAAAAUGGGCAUUGAAAGAAAAUAUUUUGGCACGUACACAAAACAUUCAUCGUUUGCUAACUAAAGAUCAAAUUGAGCGUCAUUUUGGAAGAAUUCAACAGCCUACAGCUCAGGAAUUGUUUAAGGGAUAUAAAAAGAAUUAUCCACCGCGACGUGCUUCCUCGUCCCAAUGGAGUUCGCCAAUGUCUGAUCCGACUCCCGGUGUUGGUCUCUAUCAAUGUCAAUUCGCUACCCCAUCAACUUCUAAAGUCAAUUUCAAGAAGCGUUAG